AUGAAUAAAGAACCAAAUUACUCACAGCAAACUUCAAGUGGAAAUAUGAAUAAAGAACCAAAGUACUCACAGCAAUACAUAACUUCAAGUGGAAAUAUGAAUAAAGAACCAAAUUACUCACAGCAAAACAUUUCAGCUACAAUUUCAAGUGGAAAUAUGAAUAAAGAACCAAAUUACUCACAGCAAAACAUUUCAGCUACAAUUUCAAGUGGAAAUAUGAAUAAAGAACCAAAUUACUCACAGCAAAAUACUUCUUCAAGAAAUACCCUUAUUACAACUUCAAAAAGAAACAAUCGUACCAGGUCCUCGGAAACCUUGGAAGCCUUGGAAGCCUU